CCUUCAGGCAGUGAUGGGGGGGAGGAGGAGGAGGAGAAGGGCGAGCUUAAACCCUAGCAUUGGACAGAACCCUGCGAGCCACCGAGAGAGGAGGAGAAACUGGUCGGAUUCCAAUGUCGGACAGUGAUUCUGAUGCUCCCGAGGAGUUCUCGGCGGAGCAGGGCUUGCACCAAGACGAAGAGUUAAGAAGGAUACAGAGCGACAAUAAGGCCAGGGUUAAACGAGAAGGAAAGGAACGUCGAAGAUUGUGGGCCCAAAGGAAGACACCACGGGCCUCCAAAGUGACCGAAGAUGUUCAAGAAGUUGGAGAAAGUGGGACAGAUAAGGAUGAAAAUGAGUACUUAAUCAACAAAGGAAUGCUUCCGAGUGACAUUGUUGAUAUGCUUGCAGCCCGGGAGAAGCAAGUAUUUCUUUCAGAUUCGGAGGAUGAGAAACCUGAGGCUAAGCCCACUAAAAGGAAGAAGCAUAAAAAAUCUGGGUCAGAGCCAGUUAUCUUGAACGAGAUACCGCCUCCCCAGUGCUUGCAGAAUUCCCUGGAUUUUCUCAAGAAAAGGAAAAUGCAGGUGGCGAGGUCGAACUUGAUUCUCAACAAUCCAAACCAAGCUUUGCGCUUCCUUUCUAACUCUGGCAUGUUGACUCAGAAAUGAUAAUAUACUGCAUCAAGUGAGGAUGAUUGCUUCGAUCUCUUGUUACUGAACAAUCACAUUUUUUGAGUGUAUCCGAUUGAGUACUUCUGAAUGCAAUGGGCCGUAGCAUUCUUUGCACUUUCGUUUAUUA